AUGAAAUGGCUUACUAUUAAAAAUGUAGAAGUAACCAUUUCAAAGAUAAUAAUAAUUAUUUUAUAUAUUUUUUUAAAUAGCGAAAAAAUUAAUUGUAAGAGGGUAGGAGGGCUAUUCAAGCCUAACUAUAAUUCUAAAAACCUUUUUAAUAUAUAUAGUGUAAUAAGCAAAGAUGUUGACUUAAAAAAUAAAAAUAGAUAUACCCAAACAACCAAGGAUGGAAUAAAUAUGUACGAAAUAGCUAAUAAAAAAUCAAAGGUUUACUUUUUGCCUUUAGUCUUGGAAAAAUAUGAAAAAGAACCAACUAGCCAAACCAAAGAUCAAACAACUACCCCAAUACAACAAAGUAAUAAAUCCAUGGAUAGUAAAAAAGAGAAUGCAAAUGAUGAAAAUCAGACAAAAAAUAUUGAGGAUACGACUAGCCAGACUGACAAUCCCACCAAACAAACUGCAUUCGAAUAUUUGGAAAAUAAUUUAAUAAAUGUAAAAAAAGAAAUAAAGAAAAUGACAUCCUAUAUAAAUGAUUCAGACUUUUUAAUAGUCCCAAUAAAUUAUAACGACAUAUUAAAUCAACAUAUAUUUGAUAUUAAACCAUUUAAUAAUUUUGUAAACUCACUAGAUACAAUAUUUGUUUUAAAUGAACAACCAAAAAAUAAUCAAUAUAAUGUCAUAUUUUUAAUACACAAUUAUAAUGAUAAAAAUCCUAAUGAAGAAAAAAUUGAAAUUAUGAACAUUUUCAGAUUGUUUUUAAAAAAUCAUUGGAAAGAAAAAUAUGAUGAAUCAAUUAAAGAUUUUUUUUUUUUUCAAAAUAGUAAUAUUAUUGAUAUAGACAAAAUAGGAAAAAGUAUAACCCCAGAAAAUUUGCAUAUAAUAAAACAUGACAAAAAAAAUAAUCUUACUAAUAUUCAAAAUUUAAAAGAAGAAAAUCAUUUUUUUAAAACUUAUAAUCCUAAUACCCUUAAAAAUAUAUCAAAAAAAAACUAUUUUUUAUAUAAUUUUUUUUCAAAUUUAAAACAUGAUAUAUUACAAGAAUAUUUAAAAAUAUCAAAGGAUCUUAAAUUAGAUAUGCCCUCAUUUAAAAAUAUUGGAAAGAUAGACAUUAAAAAAACAAUUAAUAAAAUCGAAGAGUUACUAAAAAUGUUUGAAACAUUUCAAAUAAAUCAAAAUAUCAUAAAUAAUUCAAAUAAUUUUACCCAGCUUAAAAAAAAACAAUAUUCUUAUUUACUUGGAAUAAUUUUAACUGAUUUAUUAGAAAGAUAUGAAUAUAACCUUGAACAAAUUAGAAGUUAUUUAUAUCAAGUAUAUAAAGAAAAUAUUAAAAAAAUUAAAAUAUCAUCAAAUAUAAUAUAUGAUUUAAAAAGAGAAAUGAAUUCAAUCGAUAAUUUAUUUGAAUAUUAUAACUCUAAAAUAUCAUUUUUACACUAUUUUAAAAUUAAAGGAAAUAAUUUUGAAAAUAAAGCUAAUUAUAUAUAUAAAUAUAAUAAACUUAAACUUUUACAAAUUUUAAAUGAAACAACAAGUGAUAUUAUUAAUUAUUAUAUUUCAAAGGGCCUAUAUGUUCGUGAUUAUUAUUUUAAUUCCUUAAUAUUUUCAAAGAAAUUUACAUUCCUUAAUUAUUUACUUGAAUAUAUUACUAGACAUUUCAAAAAUAAAAUUAACAUUAAUUUUAAUUAUCUCUCCCCAAAUGCUUUUGGAUUCUCAUCAUACAAGGACGAUAUAUCAAUAUCACCAAAAAAGGAUGUUAUGAUUACUUCAAGUGAAAUAAAUCAAGUGGAAAAAAUAAAUAUUCCUGCGAGCCCUUACUCCAAAAUGCUAUUGUCGUUGGAAAAAAAAUAA